AUGUCAACUCUUAGCACCGCCAAUGAAUUGGCUACCCGCCUAGGCUACCGCUUUUCCAACAACUGUCGAAUUACCCACGGAUCUGGUGCCAAUGUCAAGAAACCCUUUCCUGAAAUGAAUCUGACAAUGCACGAAUUGGUCGCAGGAUCCACGAAACGUUUCGCAGGGCAGCUUGGCUUCAUCGAGUUCAGUACUGAUCUCAGGCUGCCUCGGCAUGUGCAUAUGGAUCUGGACAAAAAGAGAUUGACAGACGAGAGAAUCAUGGUCCUCCAUGGCGCUGGGAUGGUGGAAAUCGCGGGGGAGAUCUAUGUAGUUGCCCCCGGCUCUUUGGUUGAUGCCAUUGGCGGCGUCCCACAUACCUGGACGGCCUGUCCACCAGGCAUUCGUCUACCGGAUGGUACAAUCACCAACGGCAAAUUCACCAUGGUUUAUGAGUACGAAGAGCCCACAGCAUUUUUCCCGACUGCUUCUGCUCAGCCGAUUACAGAUGCUUCUCAGUAUCAGGAGUUCCGGGGCAACCUGGAUGAUAUAAGGUUCCCUGUUCUCAGCGCUUCCGAAGUGGUGCAAAGGGCCUCUAUAGUCUUUGGAAAGGAGCUUCUACGACUGAAGUUGGUCUAA